AUGUCUGGGAACCCGGCGACAAGCCCGAAGCGUAUAGGCGCCAUCCGCCAUCCCCAGUCUGAGUACACUGGAGCCACUCCAAUGACUUCGUCCGAGCUGCCCAUCAGUCAGACCUAUGCGCGCCACUCGGGAGGCUAUGGCCCUGGGCCAACUGCUGCCCUGGCUGGCCCUCCAUCCGCAUACCGGCAGGAUAUGAUCAACCCCCACUAUGUUGCGCCACCAACCCACUCGAUGGGUUCAACGUCCAGAGGCGACUCGAGCGUUAACGGCUUCAUGUCCCCUUCCCUCUCGACCGGUCCUCCCACGUCGUCCCGAGCCCCGACUGCUCACGGAUACUCGGCCACCAGUUCUCCCAGCAUGAACAGGCACUCUUAUGGCCAGGGGUCUGCAUACAUCUCCACCAACCCACAGCCACCAAGGCCGGUGCGCUCUGGCACGCUUCCCCCGGGCGAGCACCCUGGCAUGAUGAAUGGCAACCACUACCAUGAUACCCGUAGUUCAUCAAACGGCUCCUCAACUGUACACAGCAGUGGCAUCGGCAGUCACGCACCCACCAUUGGCGGCCUUGGUCUUACGCCGCAGUACCAGCAGCCCGAUCAUUUCAAGAGCAACGCUCCGUUCGAGACGACAUUUGACCAGAAGAUCAACAUCGGACCCGUCAUUCCUGUGCAGCCCGAGAAAGACAGCGCCCCUCCACCUACAAUGCGCGCCCGCAGCGGGACCGGCAAGAGCACCAAGGAUAAGAAGAGUGUCCUUGGCCUGCUCAAUGACUUCCUCAACACCAAUCAGAAGAACCUGGUUAUCUCGACCCCGUAUGACCCCAUCCACCUCACCCACGUUGGAUAUGACUACAACACGGGACAAUAUACGGGGAUGCCCACAGAAUGGCAGAAGAUUCUCGACGAGAACGGCAUCACCCGCGCUGAGCAGGAGGAGAACCCCGACAAGGUUCUUGCCGUUGUCCAGUUCUUCCAAAACCGUGACAUCCCCGAGACGACCGAAGAUGAUGUGUGGAACAAGAUGCGUAACGUCGCGCCUGCCCACCAGCUGUCACCCGCGGAGUCGCCUCAGCCCGUCUCGGCUGCCAUGUCGCGCGAGAACAGCAACGAUGGGAGCAACAACAACUACCAGUUCAAUGCUCCCCGCGCUGCUCCUCCACCCCCAGCGGCUGCCAAAAGCCAACCCGCCAUGCAGGCUGAGCGCACUGCGCCUGUUGCGCCGCCUAAGCAGCUCCAGCGCAUGCCAUCCUCGCAGUCCUCAUCGCCUGCGAUCCCUCCGUCAACUCAACUCGACCGUUCGCACUCGCAGCGGUUGCCAUCCACGACCUCGAGCAGUACGCCCAAGAGGACACUCGACCGUUCCGUUUCGUCUCGUACCCCCACCAGUAGCAACAAGCCUUCCCCAUCAUUGCACAAGUCGCACUCGCAGUCUGGGAGGUCGAGGCGCCCAGAGCACCCCCAAAAUGCCCCACCAGUGCCCCAAGCUCCCUCGCAGGGGGUCACGCGCUCGACCACGAAGGGUCGCGACCAGGCUGUCACGACGCGCCGUCGAGACAAGGCCAAGGAGAGCGAGGAGGUCAUUCGGCAGCUGCAGCAGAUCUGCUCACCAGGCGACCCCAAUUCGAUAUAUCGCCAGCUCAACAAGAUUGGCCAGGGCGCGUCAGGUGGUGUUUACACUGCUUAUGACCGCUCGGGAACACCGGUUGCCAUCAAGCAGAUGAACCUCGAGAAGCAGCCAAAGCAGGACCUGAUCAUCAACGAGAUUCUCGUCAUGCGCGAGUCAUCACACCCCAACAUUGUCAACUUCAAGGACUCUUACCUGUGGAAGGGUGACCUCUGGGUCGUCAUGGAGUACAUGGAGGGGGGCAGUUUGACGGAUGUUGUGACUGCCCACUGCAUGAGCGAAGCGCAGAUUGCCUCGGUUAGCCGCGAGACUUGCGAGGGCCUUCGCCACCUGCACUCGAAGGGUGUUAUCCACCGUGACAUCAAGAGUGACAACAUCCUCUUGUCGCUUAAUGGAGACGUCAAGCUCACCGACUUUGGCUUCUGCGCGCGCAUCGCAGACCCCUUGCACACGAAGCGCACAACAAUGGUCGGCACUCCCUACUGGAUGGCGCCAGAAGUCGUCAUGCGUAAGGAGUACGGACCCAAGGUCGACAUCUGGUCGCUCGGUAUCAUGGCGAUCGAGAUGCUCGAGGGCGAGCCGCCCUAUCUGAACGAGAACCCUCUGCGCGCGCUGUAUCUCAUUGCGACAAACGGCACGCCCAAAAUCAAGGACUGGGACAAACUCUCUAGCGUCUUCCGCGAUUACCUCAAGGCGUGCCUCACGGUCGACGCGGACACGCGCCCGAACGCCGAGCUGCUACUGCAGAACGAGUUCUUCAAGUACUCGGCCAAGCUUACGAGCUUGGCGCCCAUGAUCAAGAGCGCGCGCAAGGGAAACCAGUCCUGA